AUGGAGGGCGAGAGCCGGAGCCCAUGGGCCCUGGGGCUGCUGCGCACGUUCGACGCGGGCGAGUUCGCGGGCUGGGAGAAGGUCGGCUCGGGCGGCUUCGGGCAGGUGUACAAGGUGCGCCACGUCCACUGGAAGACGUGGCUCGCCAUCAAGUGCUCGCCGAGCCUUCACGUCGACGACAGGGAGCGCAUGGAACUUUUGGAAGAAGCCAAGAAGAUGGAGAUGGCCAAGUUCCGUUACAUCCUGCCCGUGUACGGCAUCUGCCAGGAGCCCGUGGGCCUGGUCAUGGAGUACAUGGAGACGGGCUCCCUGGAGAAGCUGCUGGCCUCCGAGCCGCUGCCCUGGGACCUGCGCUUCCGCAUCAUCCACGAGACGGCUGUGGGCAUGAACUUCCUGCACUGCAUGGCCCCGCCUCUCCUCCACCUGGACCUCAAGCCCGCCAACAUCCUGCUGGACGCCCACUACCACGUCAAGAUCUCCGACUUCGGGCUGGCCAAGUGCAACGGGCUGUCCCACUCGCACGACCUCAGCAUGGACGGCCUUUUCGGCACCAUCGCCUACCUUCCUCCUGAGCGCAUCCGGGAGAAGAGCCGGCUCUUCGACACCAAGCACGACGUGUACAGCUUUGCCAUCGUGAUCUGGGGCGUGCUCACACAGAAGAAACCGUUUGCAGAUGAGAAAAACAUCCUGCACAUCAUGGUGAAAGUGGUGAAGGGCCACCGCCCCGAGCUGCCGCCUGUCUGCAGACCCAGGCCUCGUGCCUGCGAGAGCCUCCUGCGCCUCAUGCAGAGGUGCUGGCACGGGGACCCCCGGGAGCGGCCCAGCUUCCAAGAAAUCACUUCUGAAACCGAGGACCUGUGUGAAAAACCUGAUGAUGAGGUGAAAGAGACGACUCAAGACCCAGAUGUGAGAAACCCACCUGAGGCCGAGGCCGAGGCGCCUGUGGCCACCCCGCUCAAGCGAGCCUCUGCCCCGACCUUUGACAACGACUACAGCCUCUCCGAGCUGCUGUCCCAGCUGGACUCAGGCAUCUCCCAGGCCCUCGAGGGCCCGGAAGAGCUCGGCCGCAGCUCCUCCACGUGCAAACUUCCGUCAGCGGGCAGCGGCAAGAGGCUCUCAGGGGUGUCCUCGGUGGAUUCUGCCUUCUCCUCCAGAGGGUCGUUGUCCUUGUCCUUCGAGCGGGAGCCUUCAGCGGGCGAUCUCGGCGCCAGCGACAUCCAGAAGAAGAAGCUCGUGGAUGCCAUCGUGAAUGGGGACACCAGCAGGUUGAUGAAGAUCCUGCAGCCCCAGGACGUCGACCUGGUCCUGGACGGUGGCGCCAGCCUGCUGCACCUGGCCGUGCAGGCUGGGCAGGAGGACUGCGUCAAGUGGCUGCUGCUUAACAACGCCAACCCCAAUUUCACCAACAGGAAGGGCUCCACCCCUCUCCACGUGGCCGUGGAGAAGAGGGUGCGGGGCGUCGUGGAGCUCCUGCUGGCGCGGAAGAUCAGCGUCAACGCGGCGGACGAGGACCAGUGGACGGCCCUGCACUUCGCGGCCCAGAACGGGGACGAGGGCAGCAUGCGGCUGCUGCUGGAGAAGAACGCCUCCGUGCACGAGGCGGACUGCGAGGGCCGGACGCCCAUGCACGUGGCCUGCCAGCACGGCCAGGAGAGCAUCGUGCGUAUCCUGCUGCGCCGUGGCGUGGACGCGGGCCUGCCGGGGAAGGACGCCUGGGUGCCACUGCACUAUGCCGCCUGGCAGGGCCACCUGCCCAUUGUCAAGCUGCUGGCCAAGCAGCCGGGGGUGAGCGUGGACGCCCAGACGCUGGACGGAAGGACGCCCCUGCACCUGGCCGCCCAGCGCGGGCACUACCGCGUGGCCCGCGUCCUCAUCGACCUGCACUCCGAUGUCAACGUUUGCGGCCUGCUGGCGCAGACGCCCCUGCACGUGGCCGCGGAGACGGGGCACACGAGCACCGCCAGGCUGCUUUUGCACCGGGGCGCCCGCAGGGAGGCCGUGACGGCCGAGGGCUGCACCGCGCUGCACCUGGCCGCCCGCGGCGGGCACCUGGCGACCGUCAGGCUGCUGGUGGAGGAGCGGGCCGACGUGCUGGCCCGGGGGCCCCGCCACCAGACGGCGCUGCACCUGGCCGCCGCGGGCGGGCACUCGGAGGUGGUGGCGGAGCUAGUCAGCGCCGACGUGCGUGACCUGUCUGAUGAGCAGGGCCUCAGCGCGCUGCACCUGGCCGCCCGGGGCCAGCACGCCAAGACAGUGGAGACGCUGCUCAGACACGGGGCCCACGUCAACCUGCAGAGCCUCAAGUUCCAGGGCGGCCCCGGCCCCUCUGCCAUGCUCCUCCGGCGAAGCAAGACUUAG